GGUCUCGCAUUCAAUUGAUUAAAGAGCUAGGCAUAUGAUGACAUUUAGCAGUUAUGUAGCUUGAAAACGCGGCUUCAUGAAAUGCCGGACCAGCUUACUUUGAACUAGCCUUUAUUACCUCGACAAGUUAUUUAACGGCGUUUGUAAUUUUUACUUUCUGCUGGUCAAACGGCCGGCUUAUUGCAGUAGCCACAUGCUAGCUAACAGUGAGUUUUGUUUUUCUCUCACGAGCUCGGCGGCUAACCUAGCUGCCGUUUGUUAUUUGUGUCUUUUUUAAAUGGCUUCCUUCGGGAAAUAAGCUGCUAGCCACCUCAUCGACGCCAAAAUGUGGCAAAGUGUUGGACUAGCUUUGCUGGUCAUUGUAGCCACGCUGGUUUGUGUUCUUAUCUUCAUGUUGUGCGGUUGGUACGUGGUCUGGCAACUCUUCUUGUCAAAGUUCAAGUUCCUGCGUGAGCUUCUGGGUGACGCGGCAGCCCCCCGAGCGCAAUCGCCGCCGCCCCCAACCGAAAGCGCCAACAAAGGUGCCGGCGACGCCCCGGCACGCAACCGUCCCAGGACCACACGCCAAAGAGUCGCCUUCCCGGAGAGCUCUUUGUAGAACGCCAUACAACCAUGUACGCACCUUACGCUAAAUUUCCUGACUGAUACUGGCUUGAAGACGGGAUUUUCAGCGCCAUCCAUUUUUAGAUGUCAGCUAGUCGUUUUAUUCAAUGGAAAUUGUUCUUAAAGUGCAAUGAAAGGAAUGUGGUGGUUUUAAUAGACUGACCCGGUGGAUGACAUGAAAUGGAGCUUCAUUCAAGAAGGUUUAGGAAAAAAAAAAACUGCAAAAAAUACAAUGUAAAUUUUAAGGAGAGGUUUGUAAGGAACUGACAAAAGUUGUAUGCUGUUUUGAUGCUGCUAUACAUAAAAUCUGACAUCCAGGAGGUCCAAAGCAGUCCUUAAUUUUUUACUUUUUAUCUUGUAUGGCGACCUUGAAGGCGCCUAGAAAUAAAAUAUUACUGACCGCA